GGCCCAAGAUGAAAGAAGCGUGAACAAUAAUGAUCCAUGACUCACUCAAAGCUAUCUUAAUCAGCAAGUUAGUGUGAUCUUCUAGCAGUUUUGUAUGAGAUUCUGCAACGCUUCUCAGCUAACCUAUCUCCCAAGGCAGCUUUGGCUAUACAAUAUUAAUAUUCAAAUAAAUAAAGUUGAAAAGGGAGAGCACACGUGGAAUCAAGAGAGCUAAUUGGUGAGUAAAAUAAGGAGGGAGAAAACUAUUUCUAUAUUUAAUAACUAAAAAGAGAUUAUUAUGAUUCUGAGAAAGAAAGCAAAACUGGAAAUGGCAUCGUUGACCGAAGUUCCGCCGAUGAUUAACAACUUGGACGUCGGAGAUGACAAAACGGCGCACCUGAGCUCCUCCGGCAAGCCUCCAAGAGACCUCUCUUCAAUGCGCCAUUGCAACAGCACUGCUUGGUUGAUCGAUUCCGAAGGAGACCAGAGAUGUUGUCCGGAAGGAGACAACACCACGUUCCAACUUGUGUUCAGAUCUGGAAGUUGGUCGGAUAAAGGACCGAAACGGUCCAUGGAAGACGAGUUCAUCUGCGUGGAUGAUCUCACAGACCAUAUCGGAUCCACUGGAGCUUUCUAUGGGGUGUUUGAUGGACAUGGAGGUAUUGACGCUGCAUCAUUCACAAAGAAGAACAUUCUGAAGCUUGUAACGCAAGACAAACACUUCCCAAGCAACACCAAGAAAGCUACAAGGAGUGCCUUCGUCAAGACGGAUCAUGCUUUAGCUGAUGCUCCUUCUCUCGACAGAUCCUCAGGCACAACCGCACUCACUGCUCUCAUCUUAGACAAGACCAUGCUCAUCGCAAACGCCGGUGACUCCAGAGCCGUGCUAGGGAAACGAGGCAGAGCCAUUGAGUUAUCAAAGGACCACAAACCCAACUGCACUUCCGAGAAGCUACGCAUUGAGAAGCUUGGAGGUGUUAUCUACGAUGGCUACCUUAACGGGCAGCUCUCGGUGGCUAGAGCUUUAGGAGAUUGGCAUAUUAAGGGAACUAAAGGGUCGCUUUGUCCGCUCAGCUGCGAGCCUGAGCUGGAGGAGAUUGUGCUUACGGAGGAAGAUGAGUUUCUUAUAAUGGGAUGCGAUGGACUUUGGGAUGUGAUGAGUAGCCAGUGCGCGGUGACGAUGGUGAGGAGGGAGCUGAUGCAGCAUAAUGACCCUGAGAGAUGCUCUCAAGCUCUCGUCAAGGAAGCAUUACAACGCAACAGCUGUGAUAAUCUUACUGUAGUGGUUGUAUGCUUCUCUAAGGAACCGCCUCCCAGGAUUGAGAUACCUAAGUCGCAUAAGAGGAGGAGCAUCUCUGCCGAGGGGUUGGAUCUACUCAAAGGUGUUUUGAAUGAUUUGUGAAGGAACUGAUCAAGCUGAAAAGUAAGAAGAGACUUGCUUUGUUUUUGUUUUGUUCCUCUGUUAUAACAAGAAAGGUCAGAGAUUCCAAGCUGUAUUCUUUUUCUCUGGUUUGUUUCCAAGUUUUGAUUCUUUUUGUAAGGAAGGUUUAACCCAUUUUUGUACUGUAGAGCUUACUUACCAUAUCUAAAUGAUUUUAAUACUCUUUGCAUAUGAAUAAAAUGACAAUUGAAGCAACUCUCUCACCUCUUACUCCCACAGCAGACAGCAACAUGUUUCUUGCAUGGAUUUGCUUCAUUGAACUGCUUCCUGAAGAAGAAGGCCUCUUUGGUUUGACUGGAACUAGGGAUGUUUUUUUUUUUUAACACUGAGAAUUCCAUUCAACAUAAAGGGCCAAAGUACAAACGUACGACAAUGGUGAAUAUCCACCAUGCAAAGAUAAAGGAAACAAAAGUUCAAACCCAAUAGGGAUAAAAAUCAAGCGCACAAGGCAAAAGAAACUAAUAAUAUCAAGACCACUCGAA